ACACCCUCGUUCGAUACGGCGCACGUGUCUAUCAGUUCAUAUCAUUUCAGUGAGAGACUACGCCGACUGCGGAGAGGACCGUGCUGAGUUUGGCAGUUGAUGACAGUAAUUGAUAGUGAUCAUUAUUUGUCGUUAAUAAGUCUGUAAAAUGGUGCUGGGAGUUUCGUGCAGCAGCAUCGGCGUUGCUCUUUUGCUACUUCUCGUUGUUGUUUGCGCUGUGAGCGACGCUGCAAGAUACAGAAUAAAAUUCAUACUCUUCAUAAUUCUCAGUGCUAUUGCUGCGACAUGGUGUAUACCGUACAUGUUCCUACGGCCGAAACAUUGGGCGAAUGCGCUCGUACCUGCUUGGGGCGCACGCCAAAUUGCAAAGCUCUUGGGAAUGCAAUUCGAAGUUCGUGGAAAGGAAAAUAUCGUCAGCGAUACGGGAUGCGUCGUCCUGAUUAAUCAUCAAAGUGGUCUUGAUCUUUGUGUAUUAGCCGAACUAUGGCCCGUAAUGAAACGAUGUACUGUAAUAUCAAAAAAAGAAAUUCUUUAUCUGGGUCCGUUCGGGCUGGCUUCCUGGCUUUGGGGUACAAUUUUCAUCGACAGAUUACAAGCGGAGCAUGCUCGUAACACCAUGAACUCGACGGCGGACAUCAUCAACAAUAGAAAGGCAAAGCUUUGUCUGUUUCCUGAGGGUAAAAGACACUCAGGGACAACGUUAUUGCCUUUUAAAAAGGGUGCUUUCCACGUGGCGAUCGCCUCUCAGACACCAAUUCAACCGGUUGUUGUAUCGAAGUACUACUUCAUUAACGAUAAUCUGAAGAAAUUUGGCUCAGGUAAAGUUUACAUAACUAUCCUACCGCCAAUUCCAACAACUGGAUUGACCAAGGAUAAUCUCACUGAUCUCAUGGAUAAAUCCUACGAAGUAAUGAAUAAGGCCUUCCAAGAGACGUCCCAAGAAGUUUACGCGUUACACGUGGAAACUACCAAAGCAAAAUAAUGCAUGCAUCUUCAGGUAUAUACACAGAAAAAAUAAUCCAAAAUUAGGAAGUUCGAAAGGCAGUGAAAAAUCAAUUUCUAUCGAUGAUAGUUAUUGAGAAAAAUGAAACCAAAUGACAUUUUUAAGUCAUUUGUAAAGCGUAAAUCACUGGUACGCAGAAUCGGAAGUUCAUUGAAUAAGGUGGGAUUAUUGGCAUGUGCUAAAACAAGUGAUUUUUUUUUUGCGUACUAACUUAUAAAAAAAGCAUUCCACUUGCCUAACAGGAACAGCUAUAUCAAAAUUAUACACUUUACUCAAUCCAUUAGCACAAGCGUUUUUAUACCCUUUGAAGUGACGUCAACAUAUCAUGGCACACACAUAAAUUUUUGAUUGAAAACUGAAAUGCAUACUGAAAAACGAAAAAUUUGAAGUAUUACGAGACUCUAAGGAUAAAGGGAAAUACAUUCAACGGGUAAAACGAACCAUACCGUUAUUGUAAUUGUUAUUAUUUUUUGUUUAUUUUAUUUUUUUCAACUGCGAUAUUAUUUAUUAAAAAUUUUGUAAAUAAAUUGGUUCAUAAAUCACUGAAUUUAGGUUUUGUCAAUUUAUAUUUUCAAUGAUUGUGUAUAUUCAUUCCGACGAUAUUUGAGAUCGCGUAUUGUUUCCGGUGCUGAUUCUUUUGUUGAAUCAUAGCCAAAGAUUUUGAUUACUUGUCUCGAAAUGUAUUACCUCCAUAUUAAAGUAGGUGUCGAACUAUCCUAGUGAAACGAAGAAACGAGUAGAAAGAACAGCCGCAGUUUACACGGCUAUCGAAAUCACUUUAGGUACCAACAAAGUAGUUUUAUUGGCGAAUAUUAUUGCAAAGUCCAAAAAACAAUAAUAAUUAUGACUAUCUGUGGUUGUAACUUUGUAUACGUCUAUAUAUUGUUGAAACUGUAAAUAUUGUAAACUGAUGUCUACGAAUUCGUAUGAAAAGUUGUAGAGUUGUGAAUAAUUAGUGGCCUUAUACGAUUUAUAGAAUGCGCGACUGAGAUGUCCUACCAUUGCAGUAAUUUCAAAUUUACAGAUGAGUUGUCACGUUGGUAAAUCAUGAUUAAAAAUAUCACGAACAUAUCGAUCAUAUAAACAGAUAUACUAUAAUAGGUGUAAGGUAUGGUCUCCUCCACAUAAGAAUCUUACUUAUUGUAAAAAAUUUAUAUAUAAUAUAUAUAUUUUUUUUCGUAUCACAUAACAAUGUGUAACUUUUUUAUUAGAAUAUGAAUCUAAUUUAUUCCUAAUACCUGCACAAUGUUUGUACUGUAUAAAAUCAUCUAUUCAAUAGAUUAAGUUUCUAAGUUAAUUUUUUGUAAACAAAAAAUGAUGAGCGCAGUUAUUCAAAAGAAGGUCAGGCGUAAUCCGAGAUAUUCAAGAACUAUGUAGGAAUACCUAGCUCAUCCUACAUAAAUAAGUCGUUCUUCGUGCAGCUAUGAAUUAUAAAUGAAAAAGAAAGAAAAAUUACCUGGAUUUUUGCUGAUUCACGCUUGAUUAAUUGCGUGCUCCCACUCCAUGAGCUCUUAUUGAUUAAGGGUUAUUUUACCGGUAUUUUAUUUUCACUCUGAAACCGUGAAAAUCUCUCAGUGACAAACUAUAAAAUACACAACAAAAGGGGAUGCAUUGAAUAUCAAUUUAUGAGACAAAGCUGCCGUCUCUUCCCAUCAUGGAUGAACGGAUUGAGAUUUUGUUUCUUGUGUUAUAUUUCGUAAUUGAAGAACGGUAGACGAAUCGAUAUACACGUAGUGAUGUACAUACGUACCUACGUAGUACAAUACAUGCUUUUAUGCAUGUAAUAGUAUACAAUACCAUAAAUAUACAUAAUUAUUAUGUACCUAUAUAGGGCCCAUUCGCACGUGUAAAAAUGUUAAUAAUAAUUCUUAUCAACCAUUUAGUUUUCAUA